AUGGCUUGGAAUCGACUGCCGGUCGAGUGUCUGCAACUCAUUCUGGACCAACUCGCAGAGGAAAAGGACAUAUACUCCCUCAACACCCUCCUCAGAUUGAACAAACACCUCUGCGAUAUCACCCUCCCCUACCUCUACGAAGACCCCUUCACCCUGGCAGCCUCCAAGUUUGACGACAACUACGACAGUAUCUCCUACAACACCAUCAACAAACUCCUCACUCCUCUUAUCCGAACCCUCUUGGCCUCGGCCGAUCCACUUUAUCUGACCGACUUGCUCAGAAGCGCCUACUGGGACAGCGUCGAGGAUGAAACUGCCUUUCUCAAACAAAGAUCAGGCAUCAACUACAUCCACUACCUACGACACUUUUACCCGACUUCUGUCAAUCAUGCCCUGUUUCACAACUGGAAGGCCUUCAAGCAGAACACUCGCCUGGUCAACUAUGUGCAGGACCAGGGUCUCGAGAAACAGUUUCGAGCGCAGGAACUGUCAAUUGAGAACAACCCCUACGAGGACCCAGCCUCGCUCAUUGUCCGAUAUCUUGCCAUCAUGCUGCGUGCCCAGCUCGCCUGGGCAAUCUGCUCUCCUAUCUUUGAGCAAAUCCAGUCGCUGACCUUGCCCUUGUCGGACUUGCAGAGAUACUGUGGCGAGAUGCACAGGCUCCGGAGUCUUCGACGCAUCAACUUUAAGCAGGACCAGAAGCUCGACUAUUCAGGAUUUCUCACACAACAACUUCGACAGGAUAAACCCGAGGUUCUCGCACAACGCCGUCAACAGAAAGAGGAUCUCAUGGAGGGCAUGGUGGAGUUUGUGCGCGAUCAUACUGAACAGUUCCCGUCCGUCUUGCUGCAGGCGGACUGCCCUCAGGAGAACACAUGGCAGGGAUCCCACCAAAUCGCGCCACAGACAUACAUCGAGAGCCUCAAUUGCUAUCUGCCCUCGCUCAUCUGCCCGACCUUUCUGGAUGCCACCAAUUGGAGCCAGUUCAUUGCCAAGAUCGAGACGACGGACUUGACGCAUGUGCAGACAGUCGAACCACCGAGAGGAGAGGCUAUCCUGUGGCUAAGCCGGUUGAGGCGACGGUGUGCCUUUAAUGACAAGUCUUUUCUGCAGCGGUGUCGAGAGUUGAAGAAGGUCGACAUGAUCUCCCUUGGACCAAACCUCUUUGCCUGGGCUCCUCGGGAGAAGCGGGAGCGACAGGUGUAUUACGCAAGGAAGCGGAUACAGUCACUGGAGGCAGCAGCAGCCGGCAACACAGGAUGGCCUUCAUCAUCGUCGUCACAAAAGCUCUCACUGCUGUCAGAGCCAGCUCCACUUCCACCACCACCACCUCAGCCUCUCGAGGAAGCUAUUAUCCGAUGCUACUGGGAGGGACUCGGGACUGAAAUCGAGGAUGUUGCGGUAUCGUUCCCAGAAACACUCACCAAGAUUGUAGUGCAAGGUCCUCGUGCUCAAUUCGCCGUGCCAGAUCAUGGGAUCAUGCCAGAACCUAGGGCGAUUGGCGAGACAUGGUUGGAACCACUGCCUCGACUCAAGAAGCUGGCGAUCUUCAAGCUGGAGGAGACCUUCCGCAUGGCACCCUUGCUGCUCUCGCGAUGCCCGGCACUAGAGGAGUUGCGGAUUCAGGACAAAGCAACGGCGUACAACUGCGACCAGGUUUUGGCAUACGGCGUCCCUCGACAGUACCCAGCACCGUCCUCCCUUUCGGAACCAGGAACCUCGCGUCUAAAGACGAUUGACCUUCGAGGCUGGUCGGCGCUGUGUUUUCAUCCUGAGACUUUGAGGAACACGCCCGAGUUGGAGUCCUUGGUGCUGGCGACGGAGCACGAUCGGUUUAUGCGUAACAUUAUCCCGGAGCCAGGAGUACUACUGAGCUACGAUUACCCUUCGCUGAAAGAAGAGGCCGAAUCUAUUCGGGCUGCCAUGACCGCUAUGUCACUCUCUCAGCUGGAUUCCGACGACGACGAUGAUGGCAAUGUUGGCCAGGGAGGCGCGCAACAACAACAACGACAAACACGCCCUGCGAUUCUGAGACGACCUUGUUGGGCUUGGGAUUGGCAUCUUCCAAACUUGAACCGGUUACGAUUGACGUCCGAGUUUGCGGUUCGGUUCCAGUUCAGGAUGCUGGCUGGGUGUCCGCAGCUGGAAUACUUGGACCUGAGCAUUGCGGUACAGGGGGAUCAUACGCCGGAAAUGACGGAAGAACAGCUGACGGGGCCCUGGGAUUAUUAUUAUUACACCCACAAGCGCGUCCUCACCAGGGCCGACUUUUUGGUACCCUCUCGCCUCCGUAGUGCCAAGGGCAAGGACAGGGACUCUGAGGACGCGUAUAUCAACUGCCCAAACCUCAAGAGCCUCCAUCUCUCGGGCCGGUGGUCGAUGACGGACGAGUUUCUCAUGUUCUUGUUCACGACCGUCCUACCCAACUUGACCGAUGUGACCGAGAGCCAGUGUCUGACGUUUACGUUUCCGGGUUGGGUUCGCGCGACCAGUCGUCUUCCAAAUCUGUUGUCAGCCAGUUCUGGCCGCAAGUACCCUGAGGAGAAGCUGAACCAGUUGGGGAUGACAAGGUUCAAGCAGGAUAACCGGACGGCGCCACAGUAUAUUGCGUACGAGAAGAUUGUCGAUGGGGAGGAGCAGGUGACGUUUGUACAGGUGCCUGGGUCGGAUGGUGUUAAGCACCCUCGGCCGAGUGGUGUUUAUUCUUUGAACUUUUGUGAUAAGUAUGUCCUCUUGUCAACCGUUCCUUCCGACCUGAGAAAGUGA